AUGAAGGCUUGGGCCCUGUUACUUGCUUCGGCGGCUGCUGUCAUUGCACGAGCAACUGCGUGCGUGCUUCCAUCUACCUACCGCUGGAAUUCCACUGGUGCCUUGGCCAGUCCAAAAUCAGGAUGGGUCUCGCUUAAAGACUUCUCUCAUGUCGUAUACAAUGGACAGCAUCUCGUCUAUGGAUCAACUCACGACACUGGAUCAGCGUGGGGGUCAAUGAACUUCGGCCUCUUUAGUGACUGGUCCAAUAUGGCGACGGCAAGCCAGACUAAAAUGACUCCUGGUACUGUUGCGCCCACUAUCUUCUAUUUUGCCCCUAAGAAUAUUUGGGUACUGGCAUAUCAAUGGGGACCAACUACCUUUUCCUACUUGACGUCAACCAAUCCCUCAAGCGUGAGUGGAUGGUCAUCGCCGCAGCCGCUUUUCUCCGGGACCAUAUCCGGGUCUAGCGCUUUGGACCAGACAGUGAUCGGUGACAGCACAAACAUGUAUCUUUUUUUCGCAGGGGACAACGGGAAAAUCUACAGGGCUAGUAUGCCAAUUGGGAAUUUCCCAGGAAAUUUCGGUUCAUCAUCGACAGUAGUUUUAAGCGAUUCGACGAAUAAUUUAUUUGAGGCCGUUCAAGUCUACACUGUUCAGGGCCAAAAUCAAUAUUUGAUGAUAGUCGAAGCAAUAGGAGCAAAUGGGCGCUAUUUCCGGUCAUUCACGGCCACCAAUUUAGGUGGCUCAUGGACUCCACAAGCUACAAGUGAAAGUCGGCCUUUCGCCGGCAAGGCGAACAGCGGCGCUUCUUGGACCAACGACAUCAGCCAUGGUGAUCUAAUUCGUAACAAUCCUGAUCAAACGAUGACAAUUGAUCCAUGCAAUUUGCAAUUCCUGUACCAGGGACGAGCAACCAAUUCUGGUGGCGACUACGGCCUCUUGCCUUACCGACCCGGGCUGCUAACUCUCCAACAUUAG